CUCCAUCCAUCAAUCAUCAUUACUACCUCAUCUUAACUGUUUUCACUCUCCUCCAAUAUCUCUCAUUCACUACUCCUAACUCCUAACUCAUGUGAAGAAAAAAACACACUCGUUUGACUAUAUCAUCUCUAUUUUCUCUUCUUUGAGAGGUUAAUAAUUCACCUAAUUCUACAAAUAUCAUCCUUAUUAUUAUUAUCUCUUUCUUUCCCCCCAAAUGCAAGACGUGCAGCCAAUCAACGGCGACGGAGUAGUCGGAGGUAGGGUGUUGCUAAAAAGACCAACCCAAUUAGAGCAACUACAAACCUACCAAAAUCAGUUCCCAUUACAACCUCCACCACACCAACAGGCUUUGAAAUGUCCGAGGUGUGACUCCUUAAACACCAAAUUCUGUUACUACAACAACUACAAUCUCUCUCAACCUCGCCACUUUUGCAAGAACUGUCGCCGUUACUGGACUAAAGGUGGCGUUCUUCGUAACGUACCUGUUGGUGGUGGCUGCCGCAAGUCCAAAAGAUCAUCAAAGAAUAGUAAAGGUAUUAACAGACAAUCAUCUUCUGCCUCUAGUCCUUCCGAUAACGCCGCUACUAGUAAUAAUAAUAAAACUGCGCGGGUUUCGCAUUCGAGUAGCGAAAGCUCCUCCACUCCCCCCACCGUACGCGGUGGUUUGUUUCAGAUUCCGGAAGUGGAGAAUUCCGAGCUGUCGUCGGAUAUAUUUUCUUCUGAUGGGUUUAUCAACCUAAUCCCCCAAGACAAUACUGCUGAUAAAUUUAACGGAACUGAAAAUGGGUCUGGGCAAUCCAAUAACGACGACGAGAGUUCGGCGUACUUAUUACAAGCUCAAAGGAGGUUCCAUACUAAUAUUAACCAUAACAUUACUAAUAUUAGUAAUGAUAAUAGUUGUUCUUCUGAUGUUGCUGCUGCAGCGACGUCGUUUACUGAGUAUAUGCAGAAUCAAGAGUGGGAUAUGGGGAAGAUAUGUGGGGUCCAUCAAGAUGAAGAUAAAAUUGGAGGUACUUCUUCUAUUGAUCUUGUAGAUCAGACGGUUAGGAUUGAAGAUAUUUUGCAGAACAGGGGAAGUAAUGUGGGCCUUUCUACACUAGAUUGGAAUUUAACGGCUGGAAAUAAUCAAGGUUUCUUUGAUCAUGUACCUGAUAAUUCCACCGUUGAUCAUCAUCAAAGUUACUGGAAUGAGUCAAUCACAGCCGCACAUCAUCAUGAUCAUCAAUGGUCUGAUUCUACUACUAGUCACCUCCCUCUUUUUCUUCCUUAAUUUUAAUUUUUUUUAUUAACAUCUGAAAAAAAAUUUACAAUUAUAAGGGGAAAUUAUAUAUAAGCAAUUGUGCAUGGAUGUAAAAUUUUUUUUUUUUACUACCAGCCUUUUCUUAUUUUUCAAAACUCAUUUGUUGGGUGUUUAUUACUUAUUAGGGUUGAUUAAUGGGUGUUUUUGUUUGUAGUAUACUACUAUUUAUAAUAUAUAUAUUAAUUAA